GUGAAUGCCACGUACUGUUUGACGUUGACAGUCUGGAGGGCACUUCCCGAUGCUGGUGCCCGGCUCUGGCUAAGCUAGUUAACACAGUACACUUUCACGGUUUGGGGAAACCUGUGAAAUACAGCGUGGUCAAGUCGUCUGAUUCAGUGGUGGGAGCAGAAGAGGUCGGACGGCACCAUGAACGGCCAGCUGGACCUGAGCGGGAAGCUGAUCAUCAAAGCCCAGUUGGGCGACGACAUCAGACGCAUCCCGAUCCAUAAUGAAGACAUCACCUACGAUGAGCUGGUGCUGAUGAUGCAGCGUGUCUUCAGGGGCAAGCUGCAGAGUAACGACGAGGUUACCAUCAAAUACAAGGAUGAAGAUGAUGACCUCAUUACCAUCUUCGACAGCUCUGACCUCUCCUUUGCCAUCCAGUGCAGUAGAAUACUCAAACUGACUUUGUUUGUGAACGGUCAGCCGAGGCCUUUGGAAUCCAGUCAGGUGAAAUAUCUGCGCAGGGAGCUCAUUGAGCUCAGGAAUAAAGUCAACAACCUCCUUGAUAGCCUGGAGCCCCCCACAGAGCCGGGUCUGGCUGCUACAGCACCGGAGAGUGAAUCGGUGGAUGGACGCGAAGGUAAAGUUGUGGCGGCAGACCCCACAGUGAAGCAGGCCCCAGUCAGUGCAGCCAGCAUGUCAGCCUUCGACCCGUUAAAAACCAGGACGAGGUCAACAGAAUGUCAUCUCGCUUUCGGCCUGAGCGAAGACCAGGCCCCAGGUAUUAAAGCAACGCAAGAGAUGGACUCCCCCAGCGUGGCACCAGAGGAGCGUUCAGGAACCCCUGACAGCAUCGCUUCCUCCUCAUCUGCAGCGCCUCAGCCAGGAGUGCCCCCCCAGCCACAGGGCUCCUACGCUGCAGUACAGCAGGGACCCCCAGCCGGCAUGGAAGGUCAGGUGUACCAGCAGUACCAGGCUCCAGGUGGAUACCCGCCUCAGCAACCAGGUGCCCCCCCGCAGCAGUACGGUAUGCAGUACCCUGCAGGGUACAGUCCCCAGCUGGAGCCCUCAGCCCGGCCCCCACAGCCACAGCAGCAGCAGCAGUUCCAGAACUACGCUCCUCCCUCCUCCCAGGCUCCGGCCCCUGGUCAGGCCCCGGCUCCGGGCUUCCAGGGUGGGCAGCAGCAGCCCCAUCCGUCUCAGGGAGCCCAGCAGUAUCCACCAGGAGCCUUCCCCGCCCAAAACUAUACCUCCCAGGCCUCCCAGCCAGCUAACUACAGCAUGCCGCCCAGCUCCCAGCCCGGCUCGGGGUACCAGCCCCGCCCAGGAUACACCCCGCCUCCGGGCAGCACUGUCACCCCUCCACCCGGAGCUGCUAACCCGUACGCCCGCACGCCCCCUUACGGCCAGGGCUACACUCAGCCGGGCCCCGGAUACCGGUAAAAGAGGACGCUUCCGAUCCUCACUCACCCCUGAACCCCCCCAUCCUAGAUGUGGCUCCAGCUGUUGGAGUGGGUGCAGGUUUACUGCCCUGCAACCUCCCUCGUACAAAUAUCAAAUCCAAAUAUGAAACAAGCAACCCCCCCUCAGUCUGAUGGUUAGUGUUUGUACACCGUCUCUCCUACGUCCCACUCUGUUCUGACCCCAUGUUGUUUUUCUUUCUCCCGUCUCCUCCACUGUCUGCUCGGCCCUCUCGUAUCCGUCGUCGUUAAAAGAACCGGUCUGUAUGCACACACCUGGGAGACCAAAACAGGCUGUUUAUCGUCUCUUUCAAUGGUAACGCUUCAUUUUGCGAGAGAUCAGCGACCAUUCUGCAUUUGCGACAAAAAAUGCAUCCAUCAGACACUAUCUCAAUGAAAAAGUUAAACCUUUGUUGUCUUUUUUUUUUGUGUUUUUUUUUCUGUAUUUGAUCAACUUCACCACCAUGUCGGUAUUAAUGAUAUGUCGAUGAAACUGCCCCAUGUUGGAACACUAGCUAAGUGAUGGCUAACGGGAGGUGCACAUCCCUGCGUCAUGAAGUCUUCUGUUUAGCUUCUUAUAUCACCUCCAGUAAAGCUUGCUAUUCCUUUCUCUCUUUAUCUUAUCACUGGUUUUUACUAAUAUAUCAAAUUGAAUUCCACCCUCAAGUGAGAUUAGCUGUUUAUGUAUAAACUGUAACAUUUUUUUCUUGAACCUAAUAAAUGAUUGAGACCCA